GCGUUAUUGUGCCCCGUAACAUUUUUCAAAAAAGAUGCCACCAAAACCGAAAAAGUCUCGGAAAAAAAAGUUACAGGCAAAGUAUAUGUAUUUUCGAGCAUUUUUUGUGAAGAAACAAUUCACUAUAUCGAAUUAAGAAUAUCAUCAAUAGAGGACGUUUCACCUACUGUUGCUGGUACAUCUGGUACAUCUGGCAUAUCUGGUGCAGCCGAAAAAGGCAAAGGUGUCGAAAGAUUUAGAAAUGUACCUCCCCUAAGAACGGAGCUAUCUGGUGGCUCCUCAUCAGCCACUCCUAAAAUCUGGGUCAAGUAUGACGGCCAACCAACUCGAAUUUCUUUUGAAGGAGAGGAUAUACAUGACUUGAAAGAAGCGAUCAAGAAAAGACUUUCACCCGAUUUAGAUAAUGUGGAUCAGAGCUUCGAGAAUAACUUAAGCACACCUCUACAAGUCAUUGUAAAGGCAUCAACUGAAUUAAAAAGACAUAUUGAUGAAAUUAGUUUCAAAAUGGGCGAGCUGUAUGAUGAAAUGCGUGAGCUGCAUCGUGAAGUGAAGAGGGUACGUUUUGCUGCGGAUGCAUGGUACAGUGAUAUAGAAAAAGGUAAAUUUGUGCAAGAAAGAGGUGUUGAAAUUCCGUUUCCGCUUGAUUUGACCAGGAGUCACAAAGCAAAGUCACCUGGAAAGUUUUCACAACCGCCUAAUAUGGACAUGGACGCAAAUCCAGAAGAAGAAAAAUUACAAGAUUACUUUAUGUGUGAAUGCAAGGCACUAGAAAAUUAUGCAAACAUACAAAACAAACUUAUUGUCAGAGAUACACAUUUUUCACCAUUGCUGGAUACUCGAAAACCAGAUUUUGUAUUCAUUCCGAGCGAUUCUCCUUUGGAUUCGUUAAAUGUUGUAGCCGUCGGUGAGAUCAAGAAGCGAGUUAGUGAAAGCUUUAGCAAUGCAGAUAUAGGACAUGCAUUAUCAUUUGGGUGGAGAUACCUGGUAACAAUACUUGAAAGCUCUCCAGAAAGAUUGGGAUGGGUUGAACCAUCAUUGAGAUUUGGCCAAGAAACUGUAAAACUGGUUCGGUCUAUUGGUGUAGGCAGAACUAGUGUUGUGUAUGAAGGAAUAUAUAAAGACAUAUCUGUGGCCGUGAAAAUGAUGAAAAAGGCAAAUUAUUUGCCCUGCGUUGAAAGAGAAAGAGCAGUGUUGGAAGAACUUUCGGAGUUGAGUUCACCUCAUAUCCCAAAAAUUCUUUUUUACGAUGAGAAUACUCUUGUCAUGACUCCUCUUGGUGAGAAAGUUAAUAAUUUGCGAAAAAAAGAUAUCAAGAAUAUAAUCACCACUCUCAAACAUGUUCAUUCAUAUGAAUAUGUACAUAGGGACCUUCGGAAAUAUAAUUUUCUUCGUAAUUUAGAUGAUUCAAAGGAAAAUAUUUUAAUUAUUGACUGGGGUUAUAGUACAAAGAAUUGCGAGGACACCGCUUUUGCAGGAGCACUUGAAUGCAUGCCAGAUGAAGUCCUGAAAUCACUAAUUAAUGAGGAAAAUAUUGUUUAUGGGCCAAAAGUUGACUUGAUAUGUUUUGUGCGAUCAUUCUAUCUGAUGAUACACAAACCAUCAAUGGAAAUGGUCGCCUUUGACAGAGAUGAUGACAUCAAGAAACGAGCACAAAUGAUAUUAAAUUUUUGGAAAGAUUGUUGUAAGUCAGACGUGUGGGAUAGUAUUUAUCGAGCAAUAGAGGGCCUGGAUUAUGAUAAAUUAAUUCAAGAACUCGAAAGAUUCUUUUGA